AUGCCUCCAAUCCAGGGGUGCGCCGAGGUCCUCAGUGCAACUGCACAUUGCCCGGCCCCUACCCCUCGAAAUGGACCACGGAUAUCCCUCGUGGCGCAGGAUGUCUCAAGUAACCUCGACACCAUCCAUCGCCUAUGCGCCGCACCAGAUGCUUGUGAUGGAGGAGAAAAGCGAGCGCAGAAACGGCGCAAGGUUGAAAAUGGAAGUGCUGUUGCCGUGCAGCAAACAGAUUUCGACGAAAAUAAGAGCAUUGUCCUAGCGAAGGUGUCCUUGGAUCUGAGCUUCCCUACUCCGUCGCAAGGCCACAUGGACACAUCGUAUACCUCCAACGACUCAUGUAAAUCUAUUAGCGUAUCAUUAGAGUCUUUUCAUACGGCAGAACCCAACGCUUUUCGAGUCGUUAUCUGGAAUACAAGCAGCAGCACCGGUGCAGUCAUUGUCGCCACCACUCAGCCUGACCUCCUCCACCAGAUAACGCCACACCUCCGAACCGGCGCAACGCUCGCGACUACACACAAUGGAAAGAAGAGCCGGCCGGUGUCGCGGGCUACCUUUUGUCGCUGUUUGUUGAUCCCAGCUACUGAUGGGCACAAUACAUACAAACUGGACGUGGAGAUACGGUGGACAUUAGGCAUGUCAGUGGUGGAAGAUCCGACUGUGAAGGCAAGCUACAUGAAAGAGGAUUUAAGGUUGCUCAUGCGUUACUUCCGCGAUGCAACUUCUCAGACAGACACAACGUGGACGCUUUCGGACUUCUACGACUCAGUAUAUGUACCGCCCACAGACCUCCAGGUCUCGCCUCGCAUUCAGCACAGCUCGGCAGAGACAUCGUUGUACUCAUUCCAGCAAAGGGCUGUCGAUUGGCUAUUGCGACGGGAAGGUGUUGCAUUCUCGCCCUCCGGUACACUGGAGCCCUUCGUUGAGUCGUCUCCACCCGCUUCGUUCUGGAAAACACAGGAUGCGACAGGGAAUCAGUGCCAUAUUAGUCAUCUCCGGGGCAUGGUAGUCAAGAACCUGGACGGAGCCAGGGGCGACACUCUGCAAUCGCUUCGAGGCGGCAUCUUGGCUGAAGAGAUGGGCUUGGGCAAGACUGUCGAGCUUAUUGCACUCAUGUCUCACCACAAACGACACAUACCCGAAAGCAAUGUCUUCGAUGCCUAUACGGGCGUCCACGUCAAGCCGUCUGGUGCUACGCUAAUCAUUACCCCACCUUCCAUCCUCCAGCAAUGGAUAAGCGAACUGCACACUCACGCGCCUGAGCUGAAGGUCUUUCAUUACAAAGGUCUUCCGUCUCCCUCGGCGCCAAAGAACGAGCAUUCAUCAGCAACGGUUGAGCAUCUGACGCGAUACGAUGUUAUUUUGACGACCUAUCAAGUUCUUUCGAAGGAGAUCCACCAUGCUACACCUGCCCCAGAUCGAUCUUUCCGCCACGGAAAACGCCAUGAGCGCCGGACUAGCCCCCUUGUCGGGAUCUCAUGGUGGAGAGUCUGUCUUGAUGAGGCACAGAUGGUUGAGAGUGGCGUCAGCCAGGCUGCGAAAGUAGCUCGAAUCAUCCCUCGUUGUAAUGCCUGGGCGGUGUCAGGUACCCCGCUCCGCAAAGAUGUCCAGGAUCUUCGUGGUCUUUUGAUCUUCCUUAGAUGCGAUGCGUUCGCGAACAACAAAGCUGUAUGGGAUCGCCUGGAUAAAGCGUCGUUCAAAGCCAUUUUCAAUCAACUCGCGCUACGACACACCAAAGACAAAGUCCGUGACGAGCUACGUCUGCCUCCCCAGAAGCGUAUCGUUAUCACCGUUCCGUUCACCGCGAUCGAGGAGCAGCACUACACCGAGUUAACGCGCCAGAUGUGCGACUCUUGCUGGCUCACACCAGAAGGAAACCCUAUAGAAGAGGGCCGCGAUGCAAACCACCCAGAUGUCAUAGAGCGUAUGCGCGACUGGCUAGUCAGAUUACGCCAGACGUGUCUGCACGCCCAUGUUGGGAGGAAGAAUCGAAGAGCCCUGGGGGCGAAGAAUGGGGCCUUGAGAACGGUUCACGAAGUCCUUGAAGUCAUGAUCGAGCAGAACGAUUCGAACUGGAAGUCGGAAGCUCGAGAGAUGAUCCUCAAUCAAAUCAAGCUUGGUCACAUCAAAGCAUACGCAGGCAACAUUGAAGACCGAGCACAGAUUGCAUUGCCUCACUAUGAGGGAGCUCUGGAAGAGGCACAGGCAUACGUGAAAAUGUGUAGGGAAGAGAUUCAGGCGGAACGAGAAAAGCUAGGCAAGAACGAUUCGGCACAUGAUCUUGCAUCUGCAGGAGACAACUCGGAUACUGGUGGAGAAGACGAGAACGAAGGCGAAAAUGUCGGCCGCAUCCAGAUCAUUCGCAAGUCGUUGCGGUCAUUUUUAGAGCUCGAGCAUGCCUGCAACUUCUUCAUCGCUACGACAUAUCAUCAGAUCAAGGAAAAUGAGAAGUUCACCGAUCCGGAAUCCGAAGAUUUCCAUCGCUUAGAAAACCUUGAGACAGAGUGGUACGAGAAAGCGAAGGUAGUUCGACGCGAGCUUCUCAAAGAAUCAAAGGGCAGGGCUCAACAACAAAUGGCCAAGGUUAACUCGAAAAAGCCCUUCCAUCAAGUUUCCAGAAUUGACGACCUUCCGGGACUAGGUGGUAUCGAGGCCCACAAGUUCCUCGCCAUGAUGGACAACAUCAGCGACUUUUUGAAUGCGCAAGCUGAACAGAUCCACAUUUGGCGGAUGAAGAUCGUCGACAUCCUCCUAGAGCGCCUAUUGGACGAUGAAGACGACCAAGAAACCACAGGCGAGGAGUAUGACGGUUCACUGAAAGCGCAAGACGAGCUCUACGUGUAUAUUAUGGGUCUCCGAACGCUCAUAGCCGAUCGCAAUGCUGCUGUUCAUGGCCUACAAGAUACGCUCGUAGAGCACGAGCUGAAGGCCGCGGAGAAGCAAGCACGCAGGACGGACGAUGAAUCAGGGAACCGCGGCCACGCGCCUGAGCUUGUGAUUGAAGUCGCAAAUACGCGACGCAAGCUACAGGCAGUGCUAGAAGGCGGGUCUUUGAAAGGUGUAGUAUCUGGAAUUCGUUCGCUGAGCACCAUGCUGCAAUGGAGGGCGGAUGGCGGAGACAGCCGUGCCGCCGCUGAGUUGGACGUCGUUCAGAAGCACUUCACUCGGAUUCAAAGCAUCGUAACUCAACACGCAAAGACCAUCUCAGAGCUCGAGAAAGAGCAGGAAAUGUUCCGUAGUACCAUGAACCAGCGCCUAGAGUACUACCGGCAGUUCCAACGCAUUUCCGACACAGUAGCGAAGUGGAAAGAAGAAUUAGAUGAGACCUUCGACAAGCGCGGUUUCGCCGAGGUCGACAUGCUCCGAAAAAGGAAGAAGGAAGCCGUCGCGGGUCUGAAGCGGAAGUACACAUACCUAACACACUUGCGAGCCGAAAACCAUAAGGAAACCAAAGCGGAAUGCAUCAUCUGCCAGGACACGAUUGAGCUCGGCGUCCUAACAACCUGUGGGCAUAAGUAUUGCAAAGAAUGCAUCAAUACGUGGUGGCAUGCGCAUCGCACCUGUCCCUUGUGUAAACAGAAACUCAGUUCGUCAGACUUCAAAGACAUAAGCUUCAAGCCCAGCGAGGUGAAAGCGCAGGAGGAGACACACGAGUCGGCCAGCCCAACACAAGCUUCUACACCAGGGUCAUCAUUGAGUACGUCUAUAUACUCGGAUAUCAGCGACUCAACAAUGAAGGAGAUCAAGAUGAUCGACCUGGAUGGAUCGUAUGGAACGAAGAUUGAUAUGAUCGCCCGCCAUUUGAUUUGGAUCCGCAAUAACGACCCCGGCGCAAAAUCAAUCGUCUUCUCCCAGUUCGGUGACUUCCUUGAAGUCCUGCGUGAAGCGCUGAAGAAGUGGAAGAUUGGCGUCAGCGGCAUUACGGACAAAGAUGGGAUUCAGAGAUUCAAAACUGAUCCGGCUGUGGAGUGUUUCCUCUUAGAUGCGAAGUCGGAUUCCUCGGGCCUGAAUUUGGUCAAUGCUACAUAUGUAUUUCUCUGCGAACCGCUGAUCAACCCCGCCAUCGAACUCCAGGCCAUAGCGCGUGUUCAUCGAAUCGGGCAGCAGAGACCUACGACGGUUUUCAUGUACCUUGUCAGCGAUACCGUCGAGGAAGCUAUUUACGACAUCUCUGUCACUCGACGCCUUGAGCACAUCUCUAGCGCUUCUAAAUCCAAGCACGCGGAGUCGAGAUCUGGAUCCACAACACCUGUGCUACAGGAGAAGACGCUUGACGCCGCGAACUCUGCCGAACUCCAGGCAGCGCCGCUCAAGCAGCUAUUAAGGAAGAAAGGCGAUGGCGAGAUCGUCCAAGUUGAUGAUCUGUGGAAAUGUCUAUUUGGCAAACAACGCAAACAGGUUAUGCCUGUGCUGGAGAUGGAGGUAGGCAGACAUUUGAGGGCUGAGGCUGUGGAUGAGCGAAGGGCAGCAGUGGCGGGUGGGGAAGUUCGGUUCUAA